AACAUCCCACGUCUUCCAUCCAUGAUGGCGGUGGUGAUGGUGGACGGUGUCAUCACAGAACAUUAUGACAGCCGCACCAAGGUGACCGUGGCCAAACAGGCCUGGAUGGACGCCGUCACUCACAAAGAACCUGACUACUGGGAAAAGCAGACAAACUUCUGGCAAGGACAGGAACACUUUGGAAACAUUAACAUGGCAAUACUUAAGGAUAGAUUCAACCAAUCACACGGCAUCCACGUGUUCCAGGUGCUGCACGGCUGCGAGUAUAACGACGACAGCGUCUCAAAGUCAGGCUUCAACCAUCACAGUUAUGAUGGCGACGACACGCUGUUUCUAGACAUGGAGAACCGGCGGUGGAUCUGGCUCCAGUCUCAGCUGGAGGCCACUGUCCGCAAGUGGAACCUCAAUGAAGGCUGGCUGGAGUUCAUGGACCUUCGCUUGCUUGAGGAAUGUCCUCAGCGCCUUUGCAAGAUGCUGGAAUAUGGGAAGAGCGUCCUGCAGAGAAUACAGAGGCCCCUGGUGGCUCUGCUGCAGACACAGCCAUCGGCGCCGGUUACAUGUCACGCCACGGGAUUCUACCCCAACAUAGUGGACAUGUUCUGGAUGCGCGACGGUGAACAGCUUCACGACCAUGUGACGCACGACCAGCUGCUCCCCAACCACGACGGAACUUUCCAGCUCAGUGUUUGCCUGAAUGUGAGUGCUGUGCCACCUGAAGACUGGCACCGCUAUGCAUGCAUCUUCAGGCUCGAAGGACUUCCCGAUAAGAUCAUCACUACACUGGACGCCGCCAAAAUCUAAACAAACUACGGUAAGAGGAAAUGACCAAACACAGACAACCGAUGAGCCUUGACGUUUGCAAGACAAGGGCUUUUUGCCAUCAUUUUUGAUCCAAGGCAAAGGGCAUUGCUUGAUAAAAAGUCAGCAGAACUUGUAGAUUCAUCUGCUUAAUUAUUACUCUACAAACGCAGUAUCAAUCAUAAUAUUGUGUUUGGACUAAUGAGGGCACGUGACAUGUUACUUCAGAGACAUUUUGACUUGAGUUCCCUCUGUAAUAGAGCUA